GCAGUGCGGCUGCGAAGAGCGCUGGUGGGGAAAUGGAGAGCAGUGCUCACAGCGGCGCCAAGAAGGGUUGCCAGUCCAAGAGAGGCACUGACAGUGCAAUGGUGAAGAGCUCUGGUGGGGAGAAAUUGGUGAACGGCGCUCUUGCCGGUGUACAGAAGGAUGGCGGUGAGAUCUGCAUGUCCGAGAGCUUAAAGAAGUCUGAUGUGAAAGGGAGUGUGGCCGUGAAGAGCUCUAGUGGGGAGAAAUUGGAGAACGGCGCUCACGCCGGUGCCCAGAAGGAUUGUGGUGAGAUCCGCAUGUCCGAGGGCUCAAAGAAGUCUCCUGUGGACGGGAUUGCGACCGUGAAGAGCUCUAGUGGGGAGAAAUUGGAGAACGGCGCUCACACCGGCGCCCAGAAAGAUUGCGGUGUGGUCUGCAUGCCCGAGGGCUCAAAGAAGUCUCCUGUGAAUGGGAUUGCGACCAUGAAGAGCUCUAGUGGGGAGAAAGUGGAGAACGGCGCUCACGCCGGUGUCCAGAAGGAUGGCGGUGAGAUCUGCAUGCCCGAGGGCUCAAAGAAGUCUCAUGUGAACGGGAGUGGGUUAAAGAGAAGCUGUUCUGCUGCAGAUCUUGUGGGGGAGGAGCCGGAGGGCAUGGGAAACAGGGCUGCCAAGAAGAUCAAUGUAGCAGCCAAAGGGUGCAGCUCUGCUGGUCCUGUAGGCAAUGACAAUGUCAGUUAUUGCCGUAAGGGGCGGAAAGAAAUAGUGCCAUGGAGGUUCCAGAUUGGGUACAAGCGGUCAUUCUCGACAGCUUUCUGCCCCAAUGGUGGAUCUCCUGAAACUCCGGAAUACAGGGCUCAAGGCAGCUCAACACAGUGCACUUCAGGAACUAGGAGUACUGUGAGGUGCUACGCAAGUCCCCAUUCUGGUGUUAGAGUUUCAGCUGUGCGCAAUUUCUCCUCAGGGAAAGGUGAGAAGGAAACCAGGACUGCAUAUAAAAAGAUGAGAUCUGACAACAAUGAUCAUAAUCAGGGAAUGCCAGAAACUGGAGUUUCUCUUGCUAGGAAAACCGUCAUGAAAACUUUGCAGGAUUUUCAGUUAAUUUACAAGAAGCUUUUGCAUGAACUUGACAAGUCAAAGGAAGCACUUGACCUACAAGCUUACAAAAUCUUCAGAGACAGGUUCCCUGCACAGUGUGAUGAUAAGAGAUAUGUUGGCAAUGUGCCUGGAGUCCAUGUUGGUGAUAUCUUUCAUGUAAGGGUUGAGCUUUGUGUUGUCGGUCUUCAUCGCCCACACCGGAUAGGGAUUGAUCAUAUGAAGGACGCCAAUGGUACUUGUAUAGCUGUUAGCAUCGUGGCAUAUGCACGGUUUUCUGAUAUCAAGAAAAAUUUGGAUGCCUUGGUGUAUUCUGGAUCAACGACAGCUACAAUCAAUCAGAAGAUAGAUGGUACCAAUCUUGCACUGAAGAAGAGCAUGGAUACUAACACACCAGUCCGUGUUAUCCAUGGCUUCAGCACUAAGGGAAACGGCCAACGGAAGAUGCUUAUAUAUGGGGGUUUAUAUCUGGUUGAGAAAUACUGGAGGGAGAGAGAAAGCGAAGAUUGUUAUGUUUAUAUGUUCCGCCUGAGAAGAAUGGCAGGGCAGAAACAUAUUGACAUUGAAGAGAUUCUGAAAUCUGCACACACUGAACCAUAUGAUGGUGUUAUCAUGAAAGAUAUAUCCCAAGGGCUGGAGAGAAUCCCGAUACCUGUUGUAAACUCAAUAUCUGAUGAGUGCCCAAUGCCCUAUGUCUACAUGUCACGCCUGAAAUACCCUCGUAACUAUCAGCCAGCUCCUCCAGCAGGCUGUGCUUGUGUAGGUGGAUGUUCAGCCUCAAAACGGUGUGCUUGUGCAGCGAAAAAUGGUGGGGACAUCCCUUUCAAUGAUAAUGGCCGUAUUAUAGUAGCGAAGCCUCUUGUUUAUGAGUGUGGACCUUCUUGCAAGUGUCCUCCUACAUGUCAUAACAGAGUCGGUCAAAAAGGCAUGAAAUUUCGGCUGCAAAUCUUCAAGACCAAAUCAAUGGGUUGGGGUGUGAAAACCCUGGACUUUAUACCAUCUGGAAGCUUUGUUUGUGAAUAUAUUGGCGAAGUUUUGGAUGAUGAAGAGGCACAGAAAAGGAUGACUGAUGAGUACUUAUUUGCUAUAGGGCAUAACUAUUAUGAUGAAGCCCUUUGGGAGGGUCUGUCAAGAUCUAUACCCUCACUUCAGAAGGGUCCUGGUGAAGAUGAGGAUGCUGGUUUUGCUGUCGAUGCUUCAAAUAUGGGCAACUUUGCAAAAUUUAUCAACCAUAGUUGUUCACCCAACCUUUAUGCACAAAAUGUCCUCUAUGAUCAUGAUGACAAGAGUGCGCCUCAUAUCAUGUUCUUUGCCUGUGAGGAUAUUCCACCCGGUCAAGAGCUAGCAUACCACUACAACUAUGCAAUUGACCAGGUUCAUGAUGCCAACGGUAACAUCAAGAAGAAGAAAUGCCUUUGUGGUUCUGUAGAGUGUGAUGGCUGGCUGUAUUAGGUUUAGAGUGUGAUGCCUUUGUGCCUCUAUGGAAGUUACUGUAUUAUCAUUCAUCCUUCUUCUAGCUUUCUGUAUGUCCAAUAAGUAUCAUCAUUUAGGCUUCAAAAGAGCGCAAGGUUUCCCUUAUUUCCUGAUCCGAUCAUUGGUAACUUGAUGAAUCUAUCUGUUUAGUACUUAUAGUUCUAGCUUUCAUGAUGAAGAUAGUUCUUAGAUAUAAU